GUGUGGAAGGAGGGAGCGGUCGACAUCUUGAACAGGAUGACUGAUCAGUGACCGCAGAGCUUGGGGAGAGCACUGUCUGAGUAAGUGCUAUAAAGCUACUGCUAUUGGGGUGAAACAAGCCCCGUUUUGGGCAGUCAGACAGUUGCUGAUUUCUCACCAUGGCCGGUGAACACUAAGACGGGCUGCCACCAUGAUCGGAGGACUUUUCAUCUACAACCACAAGGGCGAGGUGCUGAUUUCCCGUGUCUACCGUGAUGACAUAGGGAGGAACGCAGUGGACGCGUUCCGCGUGAACGUGAUCCAUGCACGGCAGCAGGUGCGCUCGCCCGUCACCAACAUCGCCCGCACCAGCUUCUUUCACGUCAAGCGCUCUAAUAUCUGGCUAGCCGCCGUCACCAAGCAGAACGUCAACGCUGCCAUGGUGUUCGAGUUCCUCUACAAGAUGUGUGACGUCAUGACCGCCUAUUUUGGCAAAAUCAGUGAAGAGAACAUCAAGAACAACUUUGUGCUGAUCUAUGAGCUGCUGGACGAGAUCCUGGACUUUGGCUACCCCCAGAACUCGGAGACUGGUGCGCUCAAGACAUUCAUCACUCAGCAGGGGAUCAAGAGCCAGCAUCAUACAAAAGAGGAGCAGUCCCAGAUCACCAGUCAGGUGACUGGGCAGAUAGGAUGGAGGCGUGAAGGCAUCAAGUACCGCCGCAAUGAGCUCUUUCUGGAUGUCCUGGAGAGCGUGAACCUGCUGAUGUCACCGCAGGGUCAAGUCCUGAGCGCACACGUCUCGGGCCGCGUGGUCAUGAAGAGCUACUUGAGCGGGAUGCCCGAGUGCAAAUUUGGCAUGAAUGACAAGAUCGUCAUUGACAAGCAGGGCAAGGGAGGCACUACCGAUGACGCAGGCAAGAGUGAGUUGGGGGGCAGUAGUGGGAAGCAGUCCAUAGCCAUUGAUGACUGCACCUUCCACCAGUGUGUACGGCUCAGCAAGUUUGACUCAGAGCGAAGCAUCAGCUUCAUUCCCCCGGAUGGAGAGUAUGAGCUCAUGCGGUACCGCACUACUAAGGACAUUAUUCUUCCGUUCCGCGUCAUCCCCCUGGUCAGGGAGGUGGGCCGCACCAAGUUGGAGGUGAAGGUGGUCAUCAAGUCCAACUUCAAACCCUCGCUGCUGGCGCAGAAGAUAGAGGUGCGCAUCCCCACCCCUCUCAACACCAGUGGUGUGCAGGUGAUCUGCAUGAAAGGAAAAGCCAAGUACAAGGCCAGUGAGAACGCCAUCGUAUGGAAAAUUAAGCGCAUGGCAGGUAUGAAAGAGUCCCAGAUCAGUGCUGAGAUUGAGCUGCUGCCCACCAAUGACAAGAAAAAAUGGGCACGUCCACCCAUCUCGAUGAACUUUGAGGUGCCCUUCGCCCCCUCUGGCCUCAAGGUUCGCUACCUGAAAGUGUUUGAGCCCAAGCUGAACUACAGCGACCACGACGUGAUUAAAUGGGUCCGCUACAUCGGUCGCAGCGGCAUCUACGAGACACGCUGCUAACGGUGGCCUUCCAGCCCACACAACGAGGAGAGGAGGAGGAGGGAUGGCAAGGCAUGGGGGGAGAAGAGGUGCAGAAUGUUGGCCUUCACUCAUUGUCUUGCUCCCUCCUCUCUCCUUUUCCCACCAACAACAUAAAACAAUUAUGGGGGGAAGGGACAAAAGAUUUAAAAAUAAUCAUCAUUAAGAUAAUACAGACUUGUCCUGUGGAUAAAAAAAAAAAUAGAUUUAAAGUUUAGACAUGUUGAUGAACAAAGAAUAUGAAAGACUCGUUUCCCUUCAUUAUCGUCCCUUCCUCCUUCAUAUGUAAUAACCUGCUAUAAGAUGAGGCCCCUUUUCUAUCAGUCCACCAAUUCUUCCUCCUCUGAUUUGACCAUGUGCAUUCCUGACCCCCCCCCACUGAUUGCUGGGAGCGGUGGGGCAUUGGUCCCAUUCACCCUAACAAGUGAUUAGCAAUGAACCUGUGCUUCUGUGCACAGGCAUCAUCAAUGUUGAUACGGCUUCUUUUAAACUCCCAUCAAUCCCACACAAAUCUGUUUGGUGUUUGUACUUUAUGCUGUAAUGUUGUUGGCUAAUGAACACCAUAAAUUGUACACCUUUUUCCUUUAUACAUGAGGUCUCUUUUUUUCCCUUCACACCAGGUAUAUUAGGCAUUGUUAAACUGGAUAUUGUCCAUGUCUUUUUAAGCAGUGUUUUUGUGUAUUCAUCAAUGCUCUUGCCCCAACUUGUAUCACUUAUAUUCUUUUUCACUGGCUGUACUUCAGGCUGCCUCAGAAAUAUUUUGUCAUAUAACUAAUAUUGAGCAACAGUUGUCUGCUUUGGUCUUUACUGUUGUGUUUGCCAGACUUUCUCUGUGUGACCAAAAUUCUCAGAAAUGAGAUGUAAAGCAACAAAAUACUAAUAGAAUAAUCCCAGCUGUAUGUAUGUGUAUACAAAUUAUAUACACCAUAAAGGGGUAAAAGUGAACUGCCAGGCUAAUGUAGGACAGUUUCUGCUUUGGGUUUUGUCAGAGCUGAUUGUGUGUCUGUGAGGAGAGUGAGCCUCUGUAGCAGGGGGUCCCCCAACAUCUCUCAGGAAUUUCACUUUUGUCUGCCCCCAAAUGUGCUUGGGUGUUGACCAGGUUGUUUACGGGAGGUUUAACGUAUACCUUUUAUUUCUCCAGUGCACUGAUGUCGCCCUCUUCUCAAACCCCCCCCCCCCCCCCAGUGUUUCUCCAAAUACUAUUUUUCCUCUUAAGAUUUAUGGCACAAAUGUGAUAGUAUAACUGAAUGUGGAUUCAAAAGGGCCAGAGAAGCCACAGCAGAUGAGCUACUGGCAUUCCUUUGAAACUGAACCAGGGCUUAACUCAGUUUCAGGGUAACUUGAAUUUUUCCCUGCUCACUGAGAUUUUGGCAGAGUUGGAUGGAAGUAUGAACUCUCUCUCUCUCUCUCUCUCUCUCUCUCUCUCUCUCUCUCUCUCUCUCUCUGUUCCUCAUGCCAGUUUCAGAUAUUGUGAUCUCCCCCCCAAAAAAAGAAAGAUGGAGGUAAAGGAAUUUUUAUUUCACUCUCAGUGAGACUUACUGCCUUGUUUAAGCCUGCUUCCACUGAAAACUGGGUUGCCCUCUGCCAUUGACAUGUUUGUGCCUGUGUUCUGACUGCAGUGUUCAGAUAACACUAUAAAUGUUCCUAACCUGUUUUAUGUUUGGACACGGACAGGGACUUGCUGUCUGUGUGUUCUUCAGCUCUGAGAGAUGGUGAGGGUCCUAGGGGCUUGAUCCCUCAGCUUUGGUGUGUGUGCACUUCAUUUGGUAACUUUGUGAUUUGUCUUGUUAAUCCUAAUAAAAAGAAAAAAAACUG